AUUUCAGCUGAUAGAUCAAAUUCGGAUUCUGGUAGACAAGUAAACGAGGAUAGAAUUAUGACCAUUAGUAGGGUUAAUAAUGAAUCGACGCCAACUGCCAGCACUUGCAUAAAAAUUUUAUUUUUACCUUGCUAUAAAACAGAAAAAAAAUUAAUUUCAAUGUUUAACGUAGCUCUUAAAUACAUGGAAAGAUGCGGGUUUGCAAUUGUAUAA